UGAUGCAGCUUAAUGAAAUAAUUAUCUUAAGAAAACGUCCCCGUUGCAAUAUUUAGUCCCAAAUCGUCGACCUGCGACCCAAUUGCGCCGAUACCUUUCCGAACGAGCCACACCUGUUGUGUUCGGUGAUAACGACGCUCCUUUAACCAUUAAACCAGUCAUCUUCCUUUUUCUACCCCUUCCUCUCGCUCGUCGUUCCUAGUCAGCCGAUUCGAAGAUGCCUACGAUGUGGUUAUCGGAUACCCAAAAAAUUGGGGUAGCUUUCUGCUCUGGCGGAGGCUUCUUCCUGAUUGGAGGUGUUAUGUUAUUCUUUGAUCGUGCUAUGCUCGCGAUGGGAAACAUCCUCUUCCUAAUCGGCCUAACGAUCAUAAUCGGUCCUCAAAAAACCCUCCUCUUCUUCGCACGAAAGCAAAAAGCGAAAGGCACCGCCGCCUUCUUCCUCGGCCUUCUCCUAAUUCUCAUGCGUUGGGCCCUGAUCGGUUUCUGUGUCGAGCUAUACGGUAUCUUCGUGUUAUUCGGCGACUUCCUAGGCACUAUUGCCAGCUUUGCGCGUAACGCUCCCGUCGUCGGUCCUUACGUUGGCCUUGUCCUCGACCGUGUCCCCGGAUUGGGCGCCCGUCGGAACGCUGAGCUUCCUGUUUGAAAGAGGAUUUAUUGUUUAUACAAGCCUUUAAGAGUUCUCUUGAAUGGUUGACAGCUAGGAUUCAUGAACCACUUCCUUCACCUCCCCAUUUUACGUCGAACUACGAAUUUCGAGCCAUGGUCCUCGGAACGGUAUGAACUGGACGGGAUAUGGAGUUAAUAGGAAGAAUACAGACAGGUCUGUAUGUACAAUAUUGUAUAUAUGGCAGCAUGAAGGAUUUUGGGGAAGAAGGAUAGGGCGUCAAAUCAGGUUCAGGGAUAGAUACCCAGAAGCACGCGAAGUUAGAAAUUUCAAGCCCGCAAGGCUGUCAAGAAUAAUAAUUCAUCACGGGCA